AUGUAGUAUAUAUCAUCGCUAUCGAGAAAUUUACAAUCUGGAAAUGUUUUUUUGAAUCCAAGUCUAAAUUUUCGAGAUAGGAAUGUUUAGAAAAGUUUUAAUAUUUUUUAGGAAGAGUUAAAUAAAAGUACCAUGAUUUUGAUAGAAACUUUUAAAAUUUUUUUGGAAUUAGCUUUGACGAUUUCUUCAAUAGUUUAAGAUAGUUAAUCAUUUUAGUCAUAUACCCUAAUUGUUUUUCCAUUAUCAAGCCUGUUGCAAAUUUGGAGCAUAAAUAGGAACUCAAAAUACAAUGAUUAUUAUAAAAUCAUUCAUGUUUUAGCACUAAAUAUCUUUUUGAGUUUCUAUGCUAAUUAGUUUCUGAUUGAUGGAUAUGUGUAAUUAUAUUAUAUUUAUGUUACUCAAAGCUUAAACAACAAAAAAUACUUAAUUUCUUACUUUGCAAUUACGUAUAUGACUUAUUUGUAUUUCUAAAAUUAAUUUGAUUGGAUCCUAAUACCUUUCUAAUUGAUAUUCAUUUUUGCAAUAUCAGUUAGUAUAUAUUUGAGAGAGAGAAGAAAAUUAGUUUAUUUCUUUGAGAAAUUCAACUUCAGUCAUGAUCUAUCUUAUUAAGAAGCGAUGCUCAAUCAUAGUUUCUAAUAAAAUUUAUUUGUGAUAAAGUUGAAUUCACACUUAAGUUUCUAAGAUUAAUUUAAAGUUUUGUUUUUUAAUUAAGCUUGUGAAAAGGAAUUUGCUACUAUUCAAGAAAUUUAUCAAAGAUUAAAAGAAAUAUAUAUCAUAAAUGAUAACAAAUAAAAUAAUUCUUUGCAAAAUAUGAAAAUAAAUUAAUGUUAAGAGUUUCUUAAAAAUAAUUUAAAAGUACCUAGAAGUGAGUCAAUAAAUAUAUAUGAUUAGCCUACAUCAUUCAAUUAAAUACUUUAUUUAUAUAUUAAGAAUAGUGAAAAUAAUAAACUUUAAGAUUAUUUACCAUUGUAAUUAAUAGGUUUAAUGAGUGAUUAAUAAAAUAAUCAACACAAAACUUAUGAUAUUUUAGUAUCUCCAUGUAUUUGGAAACAUUAAGAAAGCUUUUUAGUUUCUUUAAUUGAAAUAACUGAUAGAAUUAAAAUAUCCUAACUUGAAAAAUUGGAUUAAUAUAAAGAUAAUAUUUUAGCAACAGUUACUCAUGAUUUAAAAAAUCCUAUUGGCGUUAUUUAAUCUAUUAUUACAUUAGUUUAACAUAAUUUAUAUUAAUUAUCUGAAAUUUAAACUAAUCUAGAUAUAUAAUAAAAAAUAUAAUCUAGUUGUAAUUUGUUAGAAAUUUGUUAAACAAAUGUACAAAUUAUCUAAUCAUUCAUUAAUGAUUUACAAGAUUUUGCAUAAAUUAAGAAAUAGAAGUUAAAGCUAUCAAUUAGUUAAAUAGAUUUAUUGUAAUUAAUUCAAGAUAUUAAUAAUGUAUUUUAAAUUUAAAUAGAAAAAAAGAAUUUACAAUUAGAAAUAGUUUCAAAUCUUUAAUAAUCAAAUUAAUGCAAUAAUGACCCUUUGAGAAUAAAGUAGAUUCUUUUCAAUUUAAUUUCAAAUUCUAUAAAAUUUACAUCAAAAGGAAAAAUAUCAAUCAUUUUUUGUGAUGAUAGUUAUGAUAUUGCUGAAUUUUGUAAAAAUGUUAAGGAAUAGAUUGAAACUAAUAAAUCAGUAGUUGAUAUUAAUACUCUAUUAAAAAGUAAAUAGAGUUUAAUUCUUUGUACAGUAUCUGACAAUGGUAGUGGAAUGAGCAAAGAAAUUUAGAAGAGACUCUUUAGAAAUUUUGGCACAUACGACAAUGAUAGCAAUUCAAACAAGUAGAGUAUUAGUAUAAAAUGUUAGAAAUGGUGUUGGUUUAGGAUUGAUAAUCUGUAAGUAGUUAUGUGGAUAUAUUGGACCUUUGUAGUACAUAUAUCUGUAAUCAUAAGUAGGAGUUGGUUCAAGUUUUUAAUUCGUCAUUUAUAAAAAUAAUGACAAAUAGAGCAUCUUAUAAUAAGAAUAGUUUAGUAUAGAUUCUAUUGAUUAUGAUUAAGCGAAUUCUCCAUAUAAAAAUAUCUUUAGUACUAAUCAUCUCACUCCACUAGAUAAAAAUAUUAAAAAGAGGGAUCAAUUAUAAGUGUUGAUUGUUGAUGAUGAGUCUUUCAAUAUUAUGUUACUAAAAAUAUAAUUAUAAAAAAUAGGAAUUAAUAAGGUGGAUAGUGCUUUCAAUGGUUAAGAAGCCAUAGAUUUGGUAAUCAAGCAGAAUUAUGACAUAAUAUUUUUGGACUUGAAUAUGCCUAAUAUGAAUGGAUUAUAAUGUAUGUAUGAAAUAAAGAAGAUAAAUUCAGAUAUCAAAAUUUACAUAUUAACUGCAUUCAAUGACAGAAAAACUCAAAAGAUGUGUAUAGAUGCUGGUGUGAACAAAAUCUUAUCAAAACCACUCAAUUGCUAAGAACUUGAACAAUUGAUUAUUUGA